AUGCCCCCUCCCGUCGGCCGAUACGGGCCUACUGGCCUAACAGCUUCCUAUACCCACCUACAGCAAGCCCAUCUCCAGCAACAGCAGCAAGCCCAACAUCACCCGGCUCAUGCCCAGUCGGCCAACUCAGCCCUCCCUCCUCCAUCUCUCGGUGGUCACCCCGGUUUUGCCGCCGGAAACCCGAACACAAAUAUCAAUCCGUUUACACUGUCCGGCACCGGUAUCGCAAAUGGUAUGUCCGUCGCAGGGUUCGCGAGUGCCGGGGAUGGAGGCGGCACCGGACUCGCCAGCCACGCCGCUCAGAUGGGCUUCGCACGAGGCGCGCAGAUGCAACAGCAGCAAUUACAUCAGACUCACGAUGGCCGACUGGCGCUCGAGGCGAAGGCCGGUGCGGUGAAGACGCGGAUACGUGACGUAUGGAGCCACAAUCUGGCUCAGGAAAUGGCCAUCCUGCGACAGUUCGUCGAGAAGUAUCCCUACAUCAGCAUGGACACCGAGUUCCCCGGUAUCGUCGCACGUCCAAUGGGAGCGUUCACGAAUAAAGCAGAUUACCACUAUCAAACUCUCCGGUGUAACGUCGAUCUCCUGAAAAUGAUCCAGCUCGGUAUUACCUUGUUUUCUGCCGAAGGCGAGGUACCCCCGCCCAACGCUACAGAUGCGAAUGGACAGCCUCUCGGAAACAGCCUCGUCCCUGCGCCGUGCACAUGGCAGUUCAACUUCCGGUUUUCGUUAGAGGAAGAUAUGUACGCACAAGAGUCGACGGCGAUGCUGGCCAAGGCGGGUAUCGAUUUCUCUAUGCAUGAGAAGAACGGAAUCGACCCCUUUGAGUUCGGUGCUCUUCUGAUCAGCUCGGGGCUCGUUCUUUUGGAAGAUGUCCAUUGGGUCUCUUUCCACUCCGGUUAUGAUUUCGGAUACCUCAUGAAGAUUAUGCUCUGCAAACCUCUUCCCGAGAACGAAGAGGAAUUCCACAAACUCCUCAAAAUCUUCUUCCCGUCACUGUAUGAUAUCAAAUAUUUGAUGAAACAUGCGGGACGCAAUCAGGCUGUAAACGACUCUCCGUUAACGCCAGCCGCUGCUCAAAUCCUCACUAAUCUCGGACAGAAGUCGGGUCUGCAAGACAUUGCGGAUGAGCUCGGUGUCAAGCGCGUCGGCAUCGCUCAUCAGGCAGGGUCGGACUCUCUCGUGACGGGUGAGAUCUACUGGAAGAUGCGCCAACUCGUCUUCAACGGCAGCAUCGACGAGUCGAAAUACUCGGGUCAGAUUUGGGGCUUGAACGGUCAGAUGCCGGCUUUGCUGUACCACAUGCAGCCACAUCAGACUCCCAAUCUUAACGGCGCCACAAUCUACUCGGCUACCGGCACGCCAAGCACCCCCAAUGCCGGUCAUCUGGGCAGCCAAACCCCCCAUACAAUGACACCUGGUGCCACUGGCGGCGUCCUGGGGCAAUUCCAGCUUGCCAAGUCAUGA